UUUUUUUUUUUUUUAUUCUUUUUCGUUGGUCCAAGGAAAUUUUUAGAAUGGACGCUUUGGCUCAGUAGUUCUUCUUCCUGUGUAAAUUUUGCCUUACCUCCUUAUCGCCGCCAUUGGAGAAGAUGAAGAGAAGGGUUAUCUCAGCAGCGCCAUCUCCGUCGGAAAAGAGGAGGAAGAAAAGGGUGUGACUGUAGUCCACCUAGCACCACUGUCGUCUGUCCAUUUGAAUGGAUUUCUAUGAGAUAAGCUCUAGUGGGAUAAAGAAGAUAAUGUUUUCAAAGGCGUACUGGAAAACUGUGUUUGUAGCUUGUCUCUGCGCGGUUCUUAUUAAAAAACACUCUUUCUCUUUCUUUUUUUUCUUUGAUAGGGUAGUGUAGAUCUUUAAUUGAUCAGUUUUCCUAUUUUAUAAAAUCUAUGGUCAUAUUUCAUUAAGGCUCCUGACUGUAGCUUUUGCCAAAUUUCCCUCUGUUCGCAUAGAAAAUGGUCAUCAAGAAGUUCCCAAAACCCAUUCCUCUGCUGCAGCCAAUCCCACCAAAGCCACCCUCUCCAAUCCCAAAUCCAACUCUUCCAUCCCCCCCAGAGGUUUCUCCAACCCCUCUCCCCACGCUUACACUCUUUCACUCCCCUAACCACACCCACCUCCUCAGCUUCCUGAAGAACCAUAUCAACCCCCCUUUCACCCCUCAAAGCCUUCUCUACUUCCUCAAGUCCAAGCUCCACCACCACCCAAAUUUCACCCACUAUGACUUCCACAUCUUCUCUUGGGCCUCUACUAUCGACUCUUAUCGCCAUGACCACUCCACCUUUGAAUGGAUGGCUCGCACCCUUGCCAUCACAGACCGCUUCACCGACCUCCGCUCCCUUCUGCAUUUCAUGGUCUCCAAUCCUUGCCCCUGUUCUGAUGGUAUUUUCUCCUGCUCUCGGACUGAACAUAUUUUUCAGUUUGCCAUUGUUGCUUACUGUAAAGUUGGGAAACUGGAUGAUGCCGUUGAUGCCUUUGAGUGUAUGAGGAAAUUGAUUGAUGGGAAGCCUAGUGUGGUUAUUUAUAACAUUUUGAUCAAUGGGUUUGUGAAAUGUGGUUGGCAUGACAAGGCUUUGGGGUUUUAUAGUAGGAUGAUCAAGGAUAGGGUUAGGCCGGAUGUGAUUACUUUCAAUAUUUUGCUUAAUAGCUAUUGUCGCAAUUCGGAGUUCAAGUUAGCUUUGGAGUUGUUUAAAGAGAUGAAAGAGAAGGGAUGCAGUCCCAAUGUGGUCAGCUUUAAUACUUUGAUUAAGGGGUUCUUUAGGAAAAGGAAGUUUGAGGAAGGGAUUGAGAUGGCUUAUGAGAUGAUUGAAAUGGGAUGUGAGAUUUCAAAUGUGACUUGUGAGGUUUUGGUUGAUGGGCUUUGUAAAGAAGGUCGAGUUUUGGAAGCAUGUGAUCUAUUGAUUGAUUUUUCAAUUAAAGGAGUCUUGCCUAAUGGGUAUGAUUAUUUUGGUCUUAUUGAGGCACUUUGUGGGAGUGGAAAUUCAGCUAGAGCUUUAGAGAUUGUGAAUGAGCUAUGGAGGAAAGAAAAUCGUCCGAGUUUGAUUAUAUGUACCACUUUGAUAGAGGGCUUGAGGUUGUCUGGGAAAAUUAGUGAAGCAUUUAGAUUGACGGAAAGGAUGCUUAAAGAGGGCAUGGUUCCAGAUAAUGUGACUUUUACUUGUCUCCUUCAAGAUCUUUGCAAUGUGGGAAGGACUGUUGAAGCAAACAAAUUAAGGUUGUUAGCUUGUAGCAAGGGGUUGGACUCCACAGGCAUGGCAUAUGAUAUUUUAGUCUCUGGUUAUACUCGAGAGGGCAAAAGAAAGGAGGGGAAAAUGUUGGUGGAUGAGAUGUUGGACAGGGGAUUUAUACCUGACAUUGCUAGUUAUAAUAAGUUGAUGGGUGGGCUUGCUAAUGCAAGAAAUUUUGUGUGAUACCAAUUUUACUGUUUUGCUGGGAGAAAAUAUGGAAACUUUUCAGAUUUUCUAUUAUAUUUGUCCUAACGUUUGAAAUGGGGAUGGAGCUGGAAAUGUGACAAACUGUUUGUUUGCUCUCUUGCAUAUGGGUUAAAUCGUAUAUAUACCAGUGCAAUCCUCCUGAUUUCCAAGUCACAGAAAUCUGUUUCUCAUGGCCAAAACAUCAAAAUGGCCUAAAUCAUAUAUUUGUAUUUUUGAAUUGUUAAUUUCUGGUGUUCAUCGACAUGCUUAACAUUUCCAUCCCAACAUGCCCAGGUUUCAGUUACAAUGGCUCAAUAAUUUCUGCCACUUUCUUCUCUCUCUCUCUCUCUCUCUCUCUCUCUUUUAUUUUUUAAAUAAAUAUAUUGUAGUUAUUCAUCUCCAAGUCAACCUCUGUUAAGGUGUCAGCAGUUCCCUAUCACUGCUUCCAGUGUUGGCAAUGCUGGGCCACCUGGGCCAGAAUGUGGAGUGGCUUCAAAAGCAGAAACAUGCUUCAACGAGUCUAGGUUCCUCCUUGAUAAAAGCUUUGGAUGGUUAAGCUAACAAAACCAGUAUAUUUCUUCCACUUAGUCAUGACCAUGAUGUAAUCCAUCUCUAUUGGGAUAAGGGUUGUUUGUAUCAGGAACUCUUGAUUUUCUUGAACCUUCACAAAACUUUUCCUGUCGUAGGUGCAUUAAUUCUCUGUGGACUUGCUUACCCAUUUUGGAAUCUACGGUUUUGGUGCAAGUGCUGAUGAUGAGAGCUAUCAAUGAUCUGGCCUCAGGGAUUAUGCUUAAAGCGGACAUGGAGAGUGAGAAGUUUAUGAGUGAAAUAAGUAAGCAUUGGAGGUUGUGCUUAUGUUUGAUGGGCCUAAGAUGGAUAGAUUGCAUAAGAGCCCACAGGCUUUUGCUGUUGAUACUAAUGGCAUCUUAGAGGGAAGGAGGUGAGGGGCAAAAAGUUAGCAAAACAUACUUAUAAAAGUGAAAUGGAAGGAAAAGCUUAUCCUGUUAUCCAAAUGGGUCUCUAUAACAUCAAAAGGAAAUGGACAGGAGUAAACAAAGGGGGGAAAAAAUAAAAGCAAAGAAGUGGACAUGAGAGGAAUGUGGUUUGUUGUUGUUUGUACUCUCUCUCUCUCUCUCUCUCUCUCUCUCUCUCUCUUCCCUCACAUUGUUACUUGUUGCUUGUGGGCACAUGGGGGCCUCCACUCUAAUCCCCCUUGCUCUAUAUGGGCUUUUGAGGUGCUUUCCUUUGACCCACAUGGGGCCCAUUUUCAGUGACCCUCUAAGUUUUGGUAGGGAUGGUAAAUUGGGAUUUUUUUGUUUUUUGUUUUCAUUUUUCUUAACCACAAGAGUUUUUUGAGACGGUUGGGUUUCUUUAUUUAUUUAUUUUAUAUGAAUAAAUAAAAUUCCAAGGCAUUGUUAAUUGCA